UUCAAGCUUCAAAUUGGGGUACCCAAUGGGGAUUUUUUUUAAAAAAUCAGAGACGUAUUUAAUAGUUAAAUGAUAAUUAGUUUCUUUGUGCUUUUUAUUACAAAAUUUAUGGUAGGGAAUAGAGUUAUCAGAAAAAAAUAAUAAUAUUAUAUGUGUUUUAAUGCAUAUAUUUUUAUGUGAAAUCUUAUGAGAGUAAAUGUUGCACAUGUACAUCUGUAUUUUUGAUUUCAAAAAGUAAAUAUUGUCACAGUGCACAAUUUAAUAUUGCAAUUAUAUAAAAAGGUAAAAUCAUGUUUGACUUCUUUAACUAAAACUACUGGUCUAUAUGUAUACUUUUAUUUAAUGUUUGUUUAAUUUUUUUUAAUUUAAUUUUUUUUUUUUUUGGACAAUAUCAUCUCAUUCAUCUUAUGGCCACUUUCCUUGAUUUGGUUUGUGAUUUGAAUUAAACAUAUUUCUUUGCAUAUUUAAUAUACAUUCAAUAGGUUUGAGUAUAGUUCUGGCAACUUAAGAGGUUUUAUGGGUACUAUUUUCAGAAGUAUCAAUCUAAACUAUUUUUUCCCCAUUAUAUUGUACCAUUAAUAUUGAACAUCAAUUUUAUUUUAAAGAGUUGGUAUUAUGGCACAUAAUUCAGUAUAGAAAGAAACAUAUAUAUUUAUCAACUUUAAUUUCUAUUUAAAUGACAAAAGAUUAGACAUUUAAUAUAUGGUUACUUGUUGUGUCUGUAACAAAGAUGAUAUGUAUUUCCAAAAAUUACUUAUUAAGAAAAAUGCACUACAUAGGUAUUGCACUUUCUAAACAAGAUGUCAAUAUUGUGCUAUAUGAUUUUUAUUAUUUUCUUUAUUCCUUUUUUGUUAUUGUUGUUCUAAGUGCAUUAUAAUUCGCACAAAUACUAUGAAAAUGGUAUAGGGAUUCAUAAAUACAAUUUAGUCUUCUGAAUCAGCUGGUAUAUUGACCAGAAACAUAAUGGGGUUGCAGAUAAUGUACAAGUUUACAAUACACAUAUACUGGAAAUAGCAUUGUUGACUAACUUAUUCUGUAAAAAGUGAGUUAAUUUGUUAAUUCACCAACUUUAAUUACCAUAAGUCUGAUCUUAUUUCGAUAAAAAGUGCAUUGGCUCCUAUUCGCUAUUUUCUUUUAGCUAUCUGUGCUAACUGCAGGAAAGCCCUCACCAAAUCAACAAAUACAUAUUUUGAGCCAAGUAUUGUUGAGGCCAAAGCAUCCAGUGAGCAGAAUGUAGCCCAUGAUGAAGAUUUUGGUGAAGCAUAUAACCUUAGAAAUAAGCAGCAGCAAAAGUAUUAUGAAAGUGAUGAUACACUAUCUAGCCAAGAGACGGCUCAUGAUUUUAACACUGCAGACAGUCAAGGGACAGAAGCAUCAGUUGUAAAGUACGAGAGACUGGACAAACUAAAUGAAUUUCUGGACACUUGUGGAGUAAGUCCUGUGAAAUGCCUAAAUCAAAGUUUGAAAAUAUCUAGUGACAGGACUCAAAGAAGGUAUAUUUCCAAAGCACGUGAAUGUUGCAUGGCUCUCCUUGAUACAGUGUGCCCAGAUGAUGCAGAGUUCAUUAAAAAAGCCUUGUUUGUGGAUGAUAAAAGUGUCAGCAUUGCAACUGCAUCCUCCUUAUUGAAAUCUGUUUCUGAAGCAUAUAUGAGAGCAGAUACAUCAUCUCUGAGAUGUCAGCUUUUGUCCAUAUUGACAAAUGAUUACAGUUUUGUAGAGGUCAAUACUGUUAUACCUGCUCUUACAAAGUACAAGUACUAUGCAGCUAAGAAACAUAAGGAAAAUAUUGGCAUAGGUUUCCCAUUACCAUCCGUGAAAACCCUUCGCUGUAAAAUAGAUGAUGGAAAGCUAGAGCACUUUCUGGACUUCAUUACGUCCAACCACAUUGUCAAAGAUUUGCCCUUUGGAGAGAAAACAUUGCAACUUUCUAGCGGCGAACUCAUUCAGACACCUAAUGUGAUACGCAGUCUUGCACCAGCCACAAUCAUCAGACAGUACAGCCAGCUAUGUGAGGAUGAAGGCUUCCAGUCUUUGGGUACAAGUACCAUGUACAGGAUACUGGCUGACUGCAGUGCAUCAGUAAGACACUCUAUUGAAGGUCUGGAUUACUACAUAGCAGAGGGAGGGCAGGCAUUUAGGGAUCUGGAAGAAAUAGUUCAAGAACUAGACCUCACCCUUCAUGAGAAGAAUGAUACUCUUGAGAGAUUAGUAGCUGCAAAACACUACCUGAAAACAGAUUAUAAGUUGCAUGUAAGAAGUUCAUCAUCCACUGCAGACCACUGCUGUUUAUUUGCACUGAGUGAGCAGAGUGGAGCAUUCUCAAAGGAGUGUGCUGAUCAUGAUCAUACUGACAUUUGCGGACACUGUAGUUUCUUGAAUGAGACUUUAUCUCACAUAUCCCAGAAGACAGCAGAGAAACAUUGGGAUAACCCAGAAGAGUUUUGUUUCAAAGUGGAUAAAGCUGUUUCGGAUAUUUAUGAAUGGAAGCGUCAUAUUUUACGUUCAAAAAACCAAGAGAGGGCCAGACAGGAUAUCCUCAAUUCCAUCACAGAGGGAGAAGUAUUCAUUAUUGCGGACUGGGCCAUGAAAUUCUUGCCAAGAAAGUACAGAGAAGGACAGACUGAUUGGUUUGCAAAACGUGGAAUAAAUUGGCACAUUGCAUUCACUGUGUACAAUGAGGGAGGGAGCUUAAAACAUCUGACUCAUGUACAUAUCUUCAAUACCCCAGUACCCCAAGAUGCUUCCACAACAGCAGCAUUGCUAAUUGAUGUCAGCCGAAAUGUUUGUUUACAACUACCUAAUGUUAGAAAAGUAAACAUGUGGUCUGACAAUGCUGGAUGUUACAAAAGCACGUUGACGAUGGCACUACUGCAUCAGGAGCUUGGGGACAAAAUCAAAGUAUAUCACUUCUGCGAAGCUCAAGAUGGGAAAGGUCCAUGCGACAGAAAAGCUUCACACAUUAAAUUAGCAAUAAAACGUUAUGUGAAUGAAGGCAAUGAUGUCACAAAUGCUCAUCAAAUGAAGCAGGCUAUUGAUUCAAAGCAACAUGGGGAGUACAAAGUGAAAGUUCUUUGUCCAGUAAUCAAUGCUGAUGCUGAGAAACUACAACUCAAGAAUAUCCCAGCUAUUUCAACAUUGCAUAAUUUCGAAUUCACCGAUACAGGACUUACUGUAUGGAGAGGAUAUGCAACUGGUCCAGGAAAAUUCAUUCCAUGGAACAAUAUAGGUGCAAACAGGAUUGCUACAGUGCAGUUUAUUAUACAGGAUGACUGGACAGAUGUGGCAUUCACACCAUUGAAUUCUGAAGUGGUUUCUAAUGGAGAUGAAGAUGAAGGAGAAGAAAAUAGUGAUAUAGAUGAGCCAAUCCCAAAGAAAAGAAAAGUACCACAGAGAGUAUUCCAGUGCCCAGAAGAAGGAUGUACCCGCCUCUUCAGAUUUUCUUCCUCACUUGAUCAACACUUGCUAUUGGGAAACUGUGAUUUAAGGGAAGAGAAACUCGGCCUUAAAGACAAAUCUAUGGUCAUGUAUGCCAAAAAACUUGAUACAGGAAGUCUCGGGAAGUCUUACACCAAACAGCUUGAAAGUAGCAAAGUUGGAGUUCCUGCUUUAAAGUGUGGCUGGGCAUUAAAAGUAAAGAAGCCAAAAAUACCCUUCACUGACGACCAGAAGGCAUUUAUGCAGGAAAAGUUUCUGAUAGGAAAAACAUCUGGAAGGAAAGAAGAUCCUUCAAAAGUUGCAGAGGAAAUGAGGUAUUCCGUGAGAAACGGGACGAAAAGAUUUUCAAAAGAACAAUACCUCACAUCACAGCAAAUUGCAAGCUACUUCUCAAGAAUGGUGCAGAAAGACAAAAAAAUGGACCAAGAUGACCUUAUAGCUGCUAAUGCAAACAGCAAAUCAUUUGUCUUGAAACAAGAUGUGUUGAAAGAAAUUGCAAUUUAA